GCCGCGACUGGCGUCGGCGGGGCGCGGAGGAUCCGCGGCGGCGGCAGCAUCCUCGCCCCCUGCCCCGGCCCCGCCGCGUCCCGGAGCCGUCGGGCAUGGAGCCGUGGAAGCAGUGCGCGCAGUGGCUCAUCCACUGCAAGGUGCUGCCCGCCAACCACCGGGUGACCUGGGACUCCGCGCAGGUGUUCGACCUGGCGCAGACCCUCCGCGAUGGAGUCCUGCUCUGCCAGCUGCUCAACAACCUCCGCGCGCACUCCAUCAACCUGAAGGAGAUCAACCUGAGGCCGCAGAUGUCCCAGUUUCUCUGUUUGAAGAACAUAAGAACAUUUCUCACGGCCUGUUGCGAGACGUUUGGAAUGAGGAAAAGCGAACUCUUCGAGGCGUUUGACCUAUUUGAUGUUCGUGACUUUGGGAAGGUUAUAGAAACAUUGUCUCGACUUUCUCGCACGCCUAUCGCAUUGGCCACGGGAAUCAGGCCCUUCCCAACAGAAGAAAGCAUUAAUGAUGAAGACAUCUACAAAGGCCUUCCUGACUUAAUAGAUGAAACCCGUGUGGACGAUGAGGAAGAUCUCUAUGACUGUGUUUAUGGGGAAGAUGAAGGAGGAGAAGUCUAUGAGGACUUAAUGAAAGCAGAGGAAGCACAUCAACCCAAAUGUCCAGAAAAUGACAUACGAAGUUGUUGCCUAGCAGAAAUUAAGCAGACAGAAGAAAAAUAUACAGAAACUUUGGAGUCAAUAGAAAAAUAUUUCAUGGCACCACUUAAAAGAUUUCUGACUGCAGCAGAAUUUGAUUCAGUAUUCAUCAACAUUCCUGAACUCGUAAAAGUUCAUCGGAGCCUAAUGCAAGAGAUUCAUGAUUCCAUUGUAAAUAAAAAUGACCAGAACUUGUAUCAAGUUUUUAUUAACUACAAGGAAAGGUUGGUUAUUUAUGGGCAGUACUGCAGUGGAGUGGAGUUGGCCAUCUCUAGUUUAGACUACAUUUCUAAGACAAAAGAAGAUGUCAAACUGAAAUUAGAGGAAUGUUCCAAAAGAGCAAAUAAUGGGAAAUUUACUCUUCGAGAUUUGCUUGUGGUUCCUAUGCAACGUGUUUUAAAGUAUCACCUUCUCCUCCAGGAGCUGGUCAAACAUACCACUGAUCCUGUCGAAAAGGCAAACCUGAAACUGGCUCUUGAUGCGAUGAAGGACUUGGCACAAUAUGUGAAUGAAGUGAAAAGAGAUAAUGAGACACUUCGUGAAAUUAAACAGUUUCAGCUAUCUAUAGAAAAUUUGAACCAACCAGUUUUGCUUUUUGGACGACCUCAGGGAGAUGGUGAAAUUCGAAUAACCACUUUAGACAAGCAUACAAAACAAGAAAGGCAUAUCUUCUUGUUUGAUUUGGCAGUUAUUGUAUGUAAAAGGAAAGGUGAUAACUAUGAAAUGAAGGAAAUAAUAGAUCUUCAGCAGUACAAGAUAGCCAACAAUCCUACAACUGAUAAAGAAAAUAAAAAGUGGUCUUAUGGCUUCUACCUCAUCCAUACCCAAGGACAAAAUGGGUUAGAAUUUUAUUGCAAAACAAAAGAUUUAAAGAAAAAAUGGCUGGAACAGUUUGAAAUGGCUUUAUCUAACAUAAGGCCAGACUAUGCUGACUCCAAUUUCCAUGACUUCAAGAUGUACACCUUCACUCGAGUUACAUCCUGCAAAGUCUGCCAGAUGCUCCUGAGAGGAACAUUUUAUCAAGGCUAUUUAUGUUUUAAGUGUGGCGCAAGAGCACACAAAGAAUGUUUGGGAAGAGUAGACAAUUGUGGAAGAGUUAAUUCUGGUGAACAAGGGACGCUCAAACUACCGGAGAAACGGACCAAUGGACUCCGAAGAAAUUCCAGACCGGUGGAUCCAGUUUGGUGUAUAAUGUGUGACCAGGAGGCCGUGGUCGAAUGUGUAAAUCAUUCACAUGGUUUGCCAAAGAUGCAGGUCAUUAGGAAGUAUUCUGGGACACCACCCCCAGCUCUCCAUGAAGGACCGCCAUUGCACAUUCAGGCAGGGGACACGGUUGAACUUCUAAGAGGAGACGCACACAGCCUGUUUUGGCAGGGUAGAAAUUUAGCAUCUGGAGAGGUUGGAUUUUUUCCAAGUGAUGCUGUCAAGCCUUCCCCAUGCGUGCCCAAACCAGUAGAUUAUUCUUGCCAACCCUGGUAUGCUGGAGCAAUGGAAAGAUUGCAAGCAGAGACUGAACUUAUUAAUAGGGUAAAUAGUACUUACCUUGUGAGGCACAGGACCAAAGAGUCAGGAGAAUAUGCAAUUAGCAUUAAGUACAAUAAUGAAGCAAAGCACAUCAAGAUUUUAACAAGAGAUGGCUUUUUUCACAUUGCAGAAAAUAGAAAAUUUAAAAGUUUAAUGGAACUUGUGGAGUACUACAAGCAUCAUUCUCUUAAAGAAGGGUUCAGAACUUUAGAUACAACUCUACAAUUUCCAUAUAAGGAGCCAGAACAUUCAGCUGGACAGAGGGGUAACAGAGCAGGCAAUAGCUCCCCUUCUUUGUUCUGUGGCUUUUCUUUUGUAACUCCUCCAGACUACAGCUUUGUUCCCCCUUCUUCCACUCCUUUCUGGUCAGUAUUGAGCCCCAAAGUGCUGGGCAUCGCCAUCGCUCGCUAUGACUUUUGUGCAAGAGAUAUGCGAGAAUUGUCCUUGCUGAAAGGAGAUGUGGUGAAGAUCUACACGAAGAUGAGUGCAAACGGCUGGUGGAGAGGGGAAGUGAACGGCAGGGUGGGCUGGUUUCCAUCCACAUAUGUGGAAGAGGAUGAAUAAAUUCCAAUCCAGCAUUGCACCCCGCACCAAAAAUGUCAGAGAAGGGAUAAACAGAAGCCUGCACAGCAUUGUGAAUUAACUGAAGUGUUUAAAAAGCUGCAUUUCUGGCUGUUCAACAUCCUCCCUCCUUAACUCCUCCUAAGUCUUAAUGCUGGGAUUUCUAAAGAUGCUGGUAGUGACAGAUUAAUGGCUUGCCUAGAGCUGUGCAAGAAACAGCCUGCCAGUCUGUCAUUGUCAGGGACCAGGGCAAAGCCAAAAGCUGCUCUUCCCCAAAGAGCUCUGCGCACACACUGGUUCAUGUUUCUCCUUACUUCAUCAGUCAGACACCACAAAUGCCAGCUGUUAGUAAGUGUUUAAUGCAUAUUUACUUUAUUCUCGCAUGCCAUUCACCAGAAUUUUUGAUGGCACAAGAAGCAGAAGUUUAAUUUUGCUUUGCCCAGUAGGAAGAAAUAUUAGAGUUCUGCCAUUUGGGCAGCUCACUGGAAAGAUCCAGCGUUACUUGUCUUGAAUUGUCCAACAAGGUGACUCAUACCCAGCAAACACUUUUCCCCCCAGAUCAGAUUUUACUCAUGAUAAAAUAUAAAAGGCAAAUAAAUGCUCAGGUUUGCAUCAUAAGUGAUAUAUCCCUGAAGGGUUUUAAUUAUUCAUUUGAUGCCCUGAUUAUAUUUGCAAACUUCCUUAUGAAAAGUGAAAAAAAAAAGCACAUAAAAGAGAGUGUCUUCAUAUGAAAUCUUCCUAACCUUCAUGAUUUCAUAGGUUAUUUUGGCGGUGUAGACUUUAUGAAAUAAUCUUGGCAGGGUAUAUUAUGGGUAGUUACCAAUUACCUGAGUAAAGUGGCAUUGUUUACAGAAACAGAUCAAGGGCUAUAAUUGAUAUAAGGCAUUUUAUAGUGGCAGUAUCGAUGAACACAUGCCUUUCCCUGCUUUCUCAUUCCCAAACAAAGGACCUGGGAUAUAUUAUUAUUUUCAGAUUUCCACAUUUUCUUGGAGCACAACUUGUUGCGGAUUUUUUAAGGAAAGCCCAACGGGGUCCUUUAUGCAUUUCUGGGACAGAAGGAGGGUUAUUGGGCUUUUGUGGGGCUUCUAGCCUCUCUCAGUCUACCCCUCCGCAGCCCUUUCUGGGAGUGUAUUAACUGGAGGGAAAACCAGUGUCACAGCGCAUUUGUUUCAGCGAGGCUUUGCUUUGUUAUGUGAAGAGUCUCAUUAUGUUCUUCCUGAGACACACGGAGUCCUUAGUCAAGGUCGUCAAGUUAAGUCACUAACUUGGCCCUCUCCUGAUGAAAUAUUUCCUCCAUAGCAGAAGUCAUGUUCUGACAAGAUUCAGAGAAAGUGUUUUGCAUUUUGGGAAAACAAAAAGUAUAAGCAUUAACUUAAUAGAGCUGAACUAGGAGCAUUCAGUUUAGAAUUUUAGGUUAUCUCUGAGAUGAGGUGGAUGCGCCCACCCUCUCUCCUAGCCACUUGGGUGCCAAACUUGCUGUUCAGUGGACGCAUCCCAUUGCUAGAGCCCUUCGUGGGCUAGGACUUUUCACCUAGGAUAGAUAGAUUCAAGACCUUUACCUCAGAAUUAUGUAAACUGUGAUUGUGUUUUAGAAAAAUUGUUUGCUAAAAUCAGUUAAGUUUUUGUAUAUGUGUAAAUGAUUAUGAAAAUGUAUUUUAUAAAAUGUUCUGUACAGUAAAGUUACACCCCUAAGGUGUACUGUCGGAGUGGAUUCUUUCCCAGAAAGUCUUACCUGCGACUCCGUGUCUCGGGAAUGUUUUGCGUGUUACCGUCAGCCAGGUGUCGCUAUGGAGAGAGCAGCUUCACACAGAUGGCAACACUGCUGUGUGCGCAGUAUUGUAGCAUGUAUUGUUUAUUUUAGUCAGUAGACUCCCCUUAUAAAUGGUGUUUGAUCUUCCUGUUGCAUUUCAUGGGCCUGGGGGUUUCCUAGCAGAGGAUAGUAGAGCCCCUUUUUGUGACAUUACCAAUGACAUCUUUGUCUACGUUUAGUACUUUGUAUUGGAAACUUUAAAUGCUGCGGAUUUGUGUAGAGUUCUAAUACCAAAGACAGAAGUAACUGUUUUCCAUAUACUUUGUCUUGCCUGUAUGCAGCCCUGUGUAAUAUGGUGGUAAAUUAGAGUGGUAUUUCACUUUGUAAUAUUUUGUAAAUAUGUCAAUACAAUAAAUAGUUACUACUCACCAUAAAUUGA